GAAUACAACAAUGGUUGAUGAAGGUGGAAACAACACUGUAAGAGUGGCCAAUUUCCUCAAGCCAUGUGCAAAGAACACCGGCGAAGCCACAAGAUUCCCAACGGUUUCUUCGCCGCCGCGUAACGGCGAAGAGGUGCAUCCAGCUGUUCAGUUCAAAGGGUGGAAAAAUCCUCAGAGGAAAUGGAACGAUUGGAUUGAAAUUAUGGCGGGAAAAUACGGAUUCAUGUGGAACCAAACAGAGACAAAUACUUUUGUUUUUCCAUGGGGUGAAGCCACAAUCACCCUAGAAGAUGUUAUGGUUCUUGGUGGAUUUUCGGUCCUUGGCGAGCCAGUGAAUCUUCCUCUCACCGGGGAUAUGGUUGCGAUGGAAGCCGAGAUGUUACGGCUUUCGAGGGAAAUGGAUGGUGGAAAAUCAAGGAGAGACCAAAGGACAUGGAUGAAGUUUUUUAUGGAGGAGGGGCAAAGUCAUGAUCUUGAGCAUGUAGGUUUUCUCUCCCUGUGGUUGUCAAGAUUCGUGUUUCCCUCGCUUCCCUACGAGGUAAUUGCGACGCGUGUCUUUCCAAUUGCGAUUCGCCUGGCUCGUGGGACAAAAUUGGCUCUGGCCCCUGCUGUUCUAGCUGGUAUCUAUGAGAGUUUGAGGUUGCUUAAGCAACAAGUAACCUCUUCUUUGGGUGAAUCCGUGAAGGCUCUAGGCCUAUUCCAACUUGUGCAGCUAUGGGCUAAUGAAAGGUUUUCGAUUUUCGGAUCAAAUUGUCCCAUAGAACUAAAGCCAGGGGAGCCUAGAGCUGCAAGGUGGCAUGGAGUGAUAUCGAAUGCUAAUGGCUGCCCAAUUUCGUCAGCUUUGAAAUUUGCAAGGAGUUUCCAAUGGCGUCCUUAUGCUGCUGAUUUGAAAAAUUGGUGUUUUGUGUCCCCUUACAAGGACAAUGAGCAAUUUGUUCAUGUUGCUUCAAACUCGAACGACGAGUUAAAGUCCUUUGGGCAGUGUUUGUUUGCAAAUGAGCUUGUUGGUUUGGGAGGUUGCAUUGAGAAGUAUAUGCCGUACCGGGUUGCAAUGCAAUUCGGCUUCGAUCAACAUCUUCCUGGGGAUUUUGCUGUUAUGAACUCAAAUUGCAGGGAAAAUUUUAUGUUUUAUGUUCCUUCAAGAGCUUACAAGCCUUGUGUGUCAUUGGAGUACCUCAACUGGUGGCGAGCAUCAAAGGUGAAUCAAGAGAAACAAGAGGGUGAGAUCAAUGGAAUGAGGUUGAACUUGAAGGAUGAUGAACCUUCUCAGAUAGAUCGUAUAAAAAAUGUGGUUGGAGAUUUUGCAGGAUUGCUUAGUGAUGAAAAAGGGAGAGUAAAACUUGCUAAAGGAACUUUAUGCAACCCUUUGGAUGUUGAAGCCUAUGCAUGCAGUAUUGUAGGCACUUUGUCUCACCCUAUUGAUGUUGAUAAGUACAUGUAGGAGUUCUCUUUUUGUUCUUUUUGUGGGUACUAUAAUGAAGGACUAGUA